GAUCUAAAUUAAUUUUUCCAUAAAACACAUUUUCGGAGGUCGCUAACAUACAAAUAGGUAUGUUUUUAUAUGAACCAGUCAAAAUGUCAAAUUAAAUGGCGAAGUUUGAGUCGUUUGAAUACCAACGGAGAUCUCUGUUUUUUUUUAAGAAUAAUAGAUAUGGGAAAGCAGCCACAGGCUCUGUGAAUUCCACCUCUGUUUGUCUGUACCAGUCUAUUGCAUUUGCAAUAGUGGUUUAUUCAAUUCGAUUAUAUAGUUUGGUAACUCAAGAACAGCUAAUACAUAAAGGUAUCAUAUUUUCCACCAAACUGGAGGUAAAUCAAAUGGAGGAAACCAUAUACCAUGAAAAGAACAUGGUUCACAACGAACAGUCCUAGCUUUAACCUUUUUUUUACCAACCUCUUGAGAAAUAAAUAAAUUUGGGGCUAGUUUGUCUGAACUAAUAUUUAACACAUACUUUCAAUGUUUUCUCUACAGAUUCACAUGCCAUAACACCUUUUCAGAAUUCACAAAUUAAGUCUUAAAAAUUCAAUUGUUUUUAUACGUACUCGCUCUUGAAAAUUAGAAACCAAACUGCCCAGCCGUAGCGUGCUUAACACGUACAUACUUAUGUAGUUCCAUAAUAAAUUCACCUCGGUGCUUCAGAAAGUGGCAAAUUCACGAGCGCCGCAGUUUGUUGGUGUUAUCAAUGAUUGCAAAGCAGAUAAAUUACUUCAAUAACAUUUUGCUAAUGUAAACAAAAACACUUAACUGGAAGCGCAAAUCUAUAUACAGCCCUAUUCUGCAUUUCUACUCGAAUCGAAAUUUUCUCCGAUUGGCAACUUUGGUAUUCUGCGUUUCGAUUCAACUUCGAAAAUUCCAAUUCUAUGUAUUCUGCAUUGCGAUCGUAAUUACGUUUUUGUACGUUGAAGUUUUGUUGGCGGAAAGCCGUUAUAUAUUCAUUUUCGUGCAUUUGGAUAAAAUAAUUUCCUCAAAUAUGUCAAAAGUAACAACGGCAGAGCAAUACGAAAAAUUGUGUGAUAUGAUGGCCACGAAAAGAGAUAUUGCGCACGGCUUCCAAAAGCGACCGAAGGAAGAAGUACAGGAGUUUAGGGAGGAGGUUGCAAGGAAUUUAAAUGCACUUGGCCCACCAACAAAAGAUUCCAAUACAUGGAGAAAGGUCUGGAUUGACUGGAAAUGCUACAUGAAGCGAAAAUUAUCGCAUAACAAAAAAGAAAGGAUGAGCACCGGUGGAGGUCCUUGCCGUUUACAACGCAUAAGCCUACUUGAUGAAAAGGUGAUAGCUUUGACGGGUUUGGAAACGGAUGAUAUCCCUUCAACCAGUAGAGCUAGCAGCCAAAAUAGAGAGGCGAGGGCAGACAAGCAGAGCACUUCUUCAUUACUUAAGCAACAGAUACAAAUCAAAAAGAAUUUUAUGCAGAGAUGAAAAAAUUCAAUGAAGCUGCCUUUGGUAAAAUGGAAGAAGUUACUUCAUAUUUACGACACAUGAAUCGUUCUCUAGAAACUUUGGCGGAGACUGCAGUGAAGCAACCUGAAGAACAGAAGCGACACAAUAGAAUUAAGGAAGAGCUGGUGAAGGAAAAAGUAGAAAUAAAAAUGCAAAUGCUAAGAUUAGGUCCAAAUUAUAAGCCGGAUUCAAAUUAGUCAUUUUUUAAUUGUUAGCCUUUUAUUUAUUUUACUAUUAUUCAUUUAUAUAAC